AUGGGUGCUUUUGUGAAGACAAUCGACGCCAUACUCUUUGUGAUGUUUGCUAUAACGGCAGUGAACGCGGUGCUGAUAGACGUCCAGUUGUGUCUGCCAGCUAGCUUCUUCCCAAGCUCGCUGGCGGAGCUCAAAAACUGGUACGUACGUGAGUUCGACGAUUAUCUUGGCAAAGAGAAGCCUCAUUUCUUCGUUGGCCUCAUCUGGGUUGAGCUCGUAUUCCAGUGGCCUCUUCUGGUCGCCAACUUGUAUGGGAUUUGGGCUGCUAAACCCUGGUACAACACGACCUGCUUGGCCUAUGGCGCCUCUUUCUUCUCCACCAUGGGCGCUAUAUUAGCAGAGCUCAUAGGGUCAGGCAAGGCAUCUAAUAAAAUGUUAAAGUUGUACUACCCUGCUAUGGGGUUUGCUCUCCUGGCCAUCCUGCGGGGGCUGCUCCCUCCUCCGUCCGCCACCACUUCUUCAACCAGUGGCAGAGGAACAACCAAAAGGGUGGGCCCACCAAAGAAUAAGAAGAUGAUUUAG